GGCCAAGAGAAGUUGGGGAAGUUAUUAAAGCCAGUAACAAUGGCAAACCGUGUAGCAUCAACACCGUGUGGUUUGGAGUAAUGAUCUGCGACAACAUAGUGUCCGCCAACGGAACGACACCUUACCUCGUGCCAGUACAGAUCAGUUUUCGUUUGAACCCAGUACCACGAAGUCGCGUAUCCACAACCACCGGUCAGCCUAGCGAGUGACUGACUUGAGCGUGAUAACUUCGUUAUCCGUAGUUCCUCGAAAAAGAUAAAAGGUCGUACUGAACUGUGCCCGCACUAAUAGUGACUCCUCUCUUAGUUGGUGAAGUUCGUGAUACAAAGUGCAGUUUAUACAGUGACAGUCCUGACCCGAGUGCAGUGUCCUUAGUGGUUGCUACAAUGUUCCUGACUGGGACGAUAUUCACCUGCCUCCUUUCUCUAGUCGCAUCGCAGUACACUCUGCCAGGGUAUGAAACAGCGAAUUUUAUAAACAUAUUUUUCUUUCGGGAUCCACUGUAUCACGAACAGUUCUGGAAUGGCAAUCUCUUUGAAAGGCCCAGAACGAGUAGGAAAAGUAAUUUUGGCUUCCAGCAGGGUCAAUUUUAUCAGCCUCCGCCACAACUGCCGCCGCAUCACCAUCCACCGCCACCUCAUGGACCACCACACCAUCACCAUGGGCCUCCACCCCACCCUCAUGGACCACCACCAUACCACCAUGGGCCACCACCGCCAUUCCAGCAUCACCACCACCACCAUCCUCCGCCGCCUCCAGCUCCUUCCCAGUUUUUCGGCCCAAAUGCCCAUUACAAUUUCGGUUCGUGGCAAAAUCAAGACUACAAUGGCAACGUUUUUCAACCAACUCCAACGACUCCCCCGAACAAUGGAUUUAUCAACUGCAAUAUUCCAACCGGAGGACAAUCCUUUGAAAUAGUGCCGAGCUCAAACCAAGUAUCUUCUACGGUAUCCACUACAACAGUCAACACCUUCCAACCUGUUUCUAGUCAACAAGCAGCAAAUAUCAAUAAUAUUGUUAGUGGAAUCUUUCCGGGGGUACCACAAACCAACAUUCAAACUGUAACAAGUACAUCUACUGGAACUACGAUUUCAGCGCCUAAUGGAUUAGUAUCUGGAAAUAUUGGACAAACUAAUAGUCAGCAAAGUACUCUUCAAGUCUCCCAGCCAACGGAUCAGAAAAAUAUCAACUUUGGUCGACCCCAACCUACAGCACCUUCGUCAGGAACAGAUGUUAAUCAACUUAUCUCAGGAGUAUUUCCAAGCUUAGGACAACAGGGGGGACAACAAGGGGGUCAACAAGGAGUCACAAACGUUCCUAGUUCUCCCGACAGAAAUGUUAAUGACCUCGUGGCUGGUGUUUUCGGUGGUUCAGGAAAUCAGGGAAGCGUAUCACAGAGACCGCAAAUUUCCACUGAAACAAAUGUCAACAACCUCGUGGCUGGUGUUUUCGGUGGUUCGGGAAAUCAGGGAAGCGUAUCACAGAGACCGCAAAUUUCCACUGAAACAAAUGUCAACAACCUGGUCGCUGGAGUUUUCCCAGGUUUAUCUCAACAAGGACAACAAGGUCAGCAAGGUCAAUUAAAUAAUCUUCCAAGCGUCACUUCAUCAACAUCAACAAGCACAAAUACCCUUAUUUCUGGAGUCUUCCAAGGUUUACCAGCACAAGGCAGUAAAAGUCAGCCAUCACAAAGCCCAGGGUCUUUCGGGCCACCGCAAAGCUCGCCUGAUGUCAAUUCAAUUCCAGUAUUUCAGCCAGAUUUCCCAUCUUCUCCAAUUAACGACCAGAAACAACCUACGGUUUCGGUGGUCACUUCAACUAGCUCUACUUCGUCCUCUCAGAAUAUUAAUAUUCCUCAGCCUACACAAGACUUUUCGCCAGACUCGAAUGCUGCAGGGAAAGCUAGUGGAGAUAAUGGGACGAAUGGUGAUGACGAUGAAGCGCCGGUGUUUGAUAUAGACAUUCGACUUGGUCCAAUCGGUGACGAAGUAGAUGACGGUACAAGCCAAAGAAACCGAACGACAUGACUACAGCAAUUGUAAGCUUAACUCCGAUGUAAAUAAAAUAUUCGUUUUUUAAUAA